AACCACGAAACGUUCAGAGAUGACGCAAAGUCGAUGGAAAGUCCCUCGGAGGGUCUUCACUCACCAAGACCACUGUCAACGUAUCCCAGUCGUCUCAAAGGGGAGAAAUACUCGAAACCCCAUGUUGACUCUCUGAACGUCACCCUGACAGAGCACCCAGAGGUAUCACUAGACAGAUACCCCCCCAAAUUCGCGACCUACCCCGUCCAUCACAACUCCGAAAGGGCGUCUCAAAUUUCAAAUCAAGUAGAACAGUCCCACCCCCCCGAACCGGUCCACCAUAUUGUUCGGAGAAAAUGGAACAGAAAUCGUCUGAACAGACUCCGCAGUAUAUUAAUGAAAAGUCACGUCAGGAAUAAUGAAAAACGUCGUUCAGACGCAGAUGUAUCUUCACACAUGACAAAUUCCGCUCCUGACGCUUUUAAAAAACUAAAACCGAAUCAGGACGAAAAAAUUCCGUUCCAUUCUGAAGACUCAGGACCUUCAGAGGACCUUCAAUCACUCCAUUCAUCCAAAAUCAUCGAUCUCGUGACUCCACGUCCUCGAAUAAUAAUUGAUCGUUUUAAAAUUCCUCCUGACAUCGCCAGAAACUUCGUGAACCGCAAACUCCUGCACUUCAUCACUGAUCGUGACUCCAAAAUGCCCCCCCAAACGCCAAAGCAAGUGGAACCACCCCCCAUCCCCCAACCGAUUCGCCAUAUUCGCAAAAAAUGGCGUAAAAAUCAUAAAUUCAUAAACCGUCGACUCCUGCACUCUCCGCGAAUAGAGAACCCCCCGUCCCGCGAUUUCGCCAUCUCCUUAACCGGGAAAAUCCACGUGGAUGGUGAAGCCAACAGUGGCCCAAUGUCAAUAACCUUCGACACCGGAGACCCACCCAAUUCCCUCCCCCUAAAAAUAAACCGUCGAUCAGCUGAGGGCGACGUCCCUCAGGAGAUCGUGCCCAGACGGCCAUUGAAAACCUCUCGUUCCGACUCGAUAAAAAACCUCAUAUCCAAUGAACUACCAGAGAACGACUCCACCGACCUUGAGACAGUAACGACUGUCGACAGAAUUCGCCCGUUCGCCCUCCCGGACGAGCCGAGUCCCCCUCCCCUCCCGUCAAACCGAGUGCAGUCCCCCGUGAACUUGAAAAUAAUUGGAUUGAUAAGUAUGUCGAAUCCCUCGGCCCCAAAAUCAGAGCCAGAACGGACUAAGGGCUGGGGGGACGUUAAUUCAGUCUCCACGAUGUCCACUAAACAGGAGCGAGGAUCAUCCCUGCCUCCUGAGACUCCAGCCAGACCGGAAACACCGGCAACAUCAGUCCCCCCAUCGACAAUGACACCAAAAUGGCAGAGUGAACUUCCCGAGACAGUCACAUUUAUCAUCGACAGCGAUGACGAGACCCCGAACGACACGAACUCCCAGACGUGUCCACUAGUCUGGACGAAGGGUUCAUCAACAGCGGGAAUUGGAAGGACUUCAUCAGGACCGAGGGUAAAUGAUAAUAAAUUGAUCAGUUCUAUCAGGCCGAUACAAAUGGAGAAUGAUGAUUCAGCAGUGGAUGGGGUAACGAGAAGUGAUGAUACCGAGGAAGCUAGACUGGGCAACAUGUUGGCGGUGAUGGAGUUCAUCAGCAAGAUGAAACGUAUCCUGACGGGGGAGAACUGCCAGGAGGAGCCGGGGACUGUCAUCAGACUCCAGAAGUUCGUGAUAACCCCGGAGAACGCCUCCAGCAUCGAGGACGAGCUCGUGAGGUCCGGGACAUCUAGACCAUCGUCUCCAGGAGGCUCGGGGAAUACCCAGAUGCCGACUGGAGUCCCCAGACAGACGUACAUAACGAGAAUAAUAAAUAGACCGAAAAGUAGUCGAGCUGAGGCACUCGAAACCCUCGGGGGUGAAUUAAUCGAGUACCUGGCGAGGGCGGACGACUCUGGCGAGCGUCGAGCUGGCAAAAUGGGGCAGCAGUUCUCUCUGGAUUCGGAGGGUGCUUCUGAAAACAAUCGACAAGUUGGGAGAGAAAUUUCUUCUGAUGCUGGACCGAGGGACGAGCGAACGAGGCGGAAACGCUGGCGGCGAAGGAAAAAGAAAAAAAAGAAGAAAAAGUGGUUCCGGCGAUUUGGAAGGCAAUUAAUGAGUCUCGAUGCGCAAGAUGUUCUCGAUGAAAUCUACGAUGACGAGGGGGAUGUGCCAGGCAGAAGUGUGGGUAGUGGAUAUCGGGGGAGAAGUAAACGGGAAAGUGCCAGUGGAUUUCAGAUACGCGGUGGACAGAAUUGUAUGGAUCGAAGACAUCCACCGAAUGUGAAUCCAGAAAAAUAUCUGGAGUCAGCGCAUUGUUUACGUUUCAGCGAUUUAUGGUAUUCAGUUUAUAAACUUGGAAAACCCGUUGUUGAGCACGGGGUGUUUAUUCAAAUAUUCAAGCGAGGGAGGGAGAACACAGGAUGGAGGGAUUUGACUCGGGGCGAGAUGAUUAGAUUAGGAACUUUUACGAGACAUCAGAGAGAUAAAACUCCAACGAUAGUUUUCACAUACAUUCAGGAGAAAUUACAAGUCCCAGAAUCGAGUUUAAAUUCAAAUACCCAGAGGCUGUUGAUUCCACUCGGUCAAAAUAAUGAUAAAAAAUCAGAGGGGAUGAGUGAAUAUCUGAUAAUUCCAUCGAAUCAAAUAACUAGCGAGGGGCGCGAGUGCGACAAGGCUGGAGUUGGUUUUUCAGCUUUUGUCAUGCAGAAAGAUCGAUGCGCACGUAAACGCGGCAGUUGCCUGAGGAAUCAACCCCUUGACUACUGGCGUCACGACGUGAAUGCCCGACAGUCUGGCAAACCGGGCUGCUACUUCCUGAGCAAUUUUGCUGAGGUACCAGUCAAUCCCAUCAAGUACAACGUGACUGAUACCAGUGAAGGACGAGAGUAUCUCAGUCUUGUGCAAAAUAGCCAUCACGUGUCUACCCUCGAAAUUGAGGUCAGGGCUGAUGACAAUAACGUCAUCGCAACUGGUUCGGCUGGACGUAUAACCGAGGUUCACGUUAUUGGAACUGCUGACGUAAUAAAAAUGUCGAUCAGGCUAACUAACACGGGAUUAGUAUCUUCGGAUUAUCAGGCACGUAUCGUUGAUUGUCCAUCGGGAUUACCGAACUCUUGGGCGCAUCCAAUCACACGAAAAUACCGAGUUCCACCCCAGCACGAUUCACUAGUGACUCUGGAUAUUCCUGGGCGAAUUUCCAUUGACGGAUUCGAGUGCAAUGUUGAAGUGAUAAACUAUCGCGGUGAGUUGGUGGCUGCUAGGAGGAUCAUAGUGCACAAGAUGAAUCGUUGUUUCUGCCUCUGGCACUGCAUUUGCACGUGCUAUGAAAGCCACCGUGGAUUUUCAUGCUUACCGAUGACACCUGAGCAUUAUCAUCAGGCUGGAUUCCGUGGUCCAGUGCCAGCAAUCAAUCCCAGAACUUCGUCACUAUUUAAAGGGGCCAUUGACAUUAUCAUUAUCAUCAUCGUUAUCUUCGCUAUUUUUUUGGCACUCGGAAUCGCUAAGUGGAUUAUUGGAGUUCUAUCUCCCCCCGUUGGCCGAUGGGGAUUGGAUAAUCUCGUUGCGGGAUUAAAAAUUGACGAGUACAUCGAGCCUGAGCUCAAGUGUAGGUGUGUCAUUACCGAUGAUGAGGGCAUUCCCAUUCAUCCAGACACCGGUAGACGAACUGUUCGAUUAUGCAGUAAAACCGCUGAAUUUUUUAUAAAUUCUCUCUUCUUGUUCAUUUAUCCGUGCUGUAUUCUUUGUGAUUGUAUGGGGAAAAUUGCUAAAUGCAGACACCCUGAACGACACGAUGAUAGCAAGGAUCGGUUGAUCGAUAAGGACGGGAUGCGUAUUAUAUCCGUGAGGUCCUAUGGAGACAUGAAAAAUUCUAAGUUGGAGCAAGAGGACACUGAAUUAUUUAAGCUGAUGAGUGUGCUUGAAGAUAUUUUGAUACUGAGUGCCCUUGGACUUGUCGUACUCCUGACACUCGGUGUCCUUAAGUGGCUGGGUGGAUUCUGCAUUCCAGGAUUGAGCCAAUGGGGAUUGGAUACACUUUUAGAGGGCACGAAAAUUGACGAGUGUUAUACCGCACAUUCCAGAUGCAAAUGUUUAGUGAAUGGUGACAAAGAGAAUUUAAUUCAUUCAAACUGUAGUCCACGCACGAUUCGUAUAUGCAGCAGAAAAUUGGAGUUGUUACUUAAUUUUGUUUUCUUCUUGACGUACCCCAUUGCCGCGUGCUGCCAGUGCACGAGGGCCUGUGGCAAGAAGAGGGGACAUUACACUGAGGAGUCCAAAAUGUCUCUCAUCACCGGUAAAAAGCCUUCUCCGGGAACAAUAUCCGUUCCCUCAUAUGGGGAAUGCAAGAAUUCAAGGCUUGAGACUGAAGACACUCAAUACGUAGUCCAAGAGUUGAAAAAUUCCGGCGAAACUCUGGCUGCAAAAAAACACAAAAAACAGCACCUGAAGCCUCGGAGGAGCUCCAGCUUAUCAGGAAAAUUAUCUCGCAAAACCUCAUCAGUGCAGCGAUUGGUAAACGACCUCCUCGGUAAGCGAAUAGUCUUCAGGAAUUUGAGAGAGUCACUGGGUGACCUGAAAGUGCCACAAGGCAAAAUGUAUUCAUUACGAGGAUAUUUCAUGAACGCCGAGGAUAAUGGCUUCAGAUUCAUCACCCCCUGUCCUUUCAAACAGCACUGGGUAAUAGACGCUGACGGGGCAGCUCAGCCGUGCACUCCCCCCCUGGUGCAUCAAAGCAGUCUAUUCAUGAAGAAUUUCAAAAAUGCCAAAGAAAUUUACGAAAGCAACGAAAUGUCACUUAUACCCAGAGCUGUCUGCAUAAAUGUACCAUUCUUAACAUCUGACCUGAGUGAAUAGAAGGCUACAGACUCAUUUAGUGGUUCAAAUGUAAAAAGCUACUGAGAUUUUGGAAAUUUAAUGGGAAAUCUUGGAAAUGAUUUUUUAUUGUGAAAUCUCUCCUUGGGAUUUCUUUGUUUACCUCACACUGUUUAAUCAAUAGUUAAUGAACUCCACACGAA